AUGGAAUCACCGGUUCGUGUUCUUAUCAUCGUGAAACAGAGAAGCGUUCGUCUAUGGCAAGAAGCAUGGGAAGAACCGCAAAAGAUGAUUUCGAAAGUCUUAAUGCAUCUCAAUUAUAAUAGCUUGGUGUCGACGGAUGACAAGUAUAACAGCUCCGACUGCCGGUUUAUUGCGGUAGAGCGCUGGGACUCUGUUGUUUUUAUUGUCUGUGAUCUGUUCAAUAUCAACUAUAACCAUCUUAAUGCGCAUCUAGAUGGCAAGAACGAACUACCAGUUAUUAUAGCUCGUGUUUCUCAAGGCGAACAUGGAUAUAUUAUCAAGACAAGGGAGCCGCAGGAAUCCAAAUUACUAGGCGAUCGGGUCCGGAGUCUUCAUGAUAUGCAUGGCUGGACGGAGGGCGUACCUUACAAGAUCGAUCACGCUAAUGGAGUACACCCUAUCUAUUACAAUCCGCGAUCACUAUUAACAGAUUGUCUCUGGUUCCCCCUAACCCUAUUCACUGCUUGUGUCCGGGGUUGGAAGGCUGUGGACCGCACAAAGUUACCUAAAAAGUUAUUAAUUUAA